UCAAUCCAUUGCAAUUUGCAAUAGUCUAAUUUCAACCAAAUAACAGAAACGCUUGACUCUACGUACUAAAACCCUUGGUUUUCUUUUCGCUGAACGCCUAAAACCCUUCCAUUCCUCAAACUCAAUGUGUUACCCACCUCUUUCCGCCUAUUUCGGCCACGAGCUCCAUCUCUAGGACCUUCAUUUCAUUCGACUGUCCACCAAGAAAACGGUUGCAGCAAGAAAACGAAUGCACUUUCGCGCCAGCGAGCUCACCCGUUGCUUGUUGCUAACGCGCCCUUUCAUAGUCAAAUUCUUUNGCGGUCCAAAGUCAAGUCUCAUGAUUUGCUUGUUGGUACGGGGAAGUAAGGGACAGAGGGGUCAGUUUCCAUAGAGCAGUGAGUUGAGCUGACUCGAUUGUGACCAUGGCGAAAGUCACUUCCAGAGACGUUCAAGAGAUUGUUGAAAAACUCUCAUCCGAUAAAGUCAAAGCUCGCGAAGAAGGGAUUAAGUUGUUAAACACUUGGUUAGAAGGAGAAAGGUCAUAUAACUUCUGUAAAUUUAUUGGACUGAAUACUGCAAAGCUUAGACCAGAUGAAAUUCCUCACACUGAAACAUGGCCUUUUCUUGUUUCUUUACUUAUUAAAUCUGCAUCAGCAGAAAUAUCCUCAAGUAAGCGGAAAAAUCCGAAAGUGAUAUAUGCAAAGACUCUUAGAAUUGCUGUUCAACGUGCGGAGGAUACCAAGUGUUCAGGAAAAAAUUUACCGUUGUCAUCUGUAGUUAAACUGCUUUUUAAUCAUGUUUGGGAUGUCCUGAGCAAUAUUCUAAGCUUUCAGUCUGAAUAUGGCAUUAUUCUUCGGCAUCUAUUGUCCGUUAGGGAUUAUAGUUUCCAGAUGAGGAGGCGUGUUUACUGCAAUAUGGUGUUUCUGUUCAUUGAGAAAGUUGAAAUAAGCUUGAGUGGAAAAAAUAUUAGCAAUAGUUCCAAGGAGGAGGUCUUCCGUUAUAUCUUGACACUUCAUUCUCUUCUAAAAUUUCCUCCUGGAGACUACCCUGAUAAUGUUAGAGAAAACAUUGUUAAGGGUUUUGUUAGAAUAUGUUCAUUCAUCAGGGAUGAGAGCAAGAUGGCACGUAAACUUGUUGAGUGUAUAAAUAUAUAUUUAUUGAAUGAUGGUCCAAAUUUAGGCUUGGAGUUGCUCGAAAUUCAUAAUGCCCUGCAGCAGUUUGUGUUCCACUGUUGGCUGGCGACACAUGAUCGAGUUCUUAAGGAUUCACUUAUUUUUUAUGCAAGGAUACAGUUGAGUUUAAGGAGAGGUGCUGCUGAUAGGUGUUUAUUGGUAGAACAGCUUUUGGAUGUGAUUUGUAAGGAUCUUGAUCAAGGUAGCUUGUUUGGUUCUUCCAUGCUGCGGGGUGAUGGAAAUAAGGAUGAUAAAUUAGGAGUUCUAAGUAGCUCACAAUGUGGAUUGGUGGAACUUGCAGCAGUUGUAUUUUAUAGGGCAUGCCUCAAUACAACCAGAUCCUCAUUGAGUGAAAAACGGGUUAAGAGGGAGCCUGCUGCUGUGAUCCUGAGGGAUGCACUCAUGAAAGGCAAAUGGCUAUGGAAUGCUGCAUUUUGUUCCUUGACUCGCAACUUCCAUACUCGCAUUUGCAAAGAUCUGUUUAUCUACUGGUUUGAAGGCAUAUGUAUGAGCUUUGAAAGAAUCAUGAAUUCUUCGAAUGUUGAUCGUAUCUAUGAUGGUUUGCUGUGGACUCUGAGGAGUUUGGUGGAACUUUCUUCGGUUCUGUUGCUGCCAAAUUCAAGGAUGGAGAUAUCUGCAGUGUCAUCUUCUUCCUUUAAUGAGUUCAUUAAUGGUUGGCAACUACUGUGGAGCACAAUUGUGCAUGGGUUACCGAUUAUUAGCAAUAUUAAUGCUCUUGUGGAUGCUGCUUUGCUGCUGCUUAGUAAUAUAACAUCAAAUGAUUUUGUGAAUACAAGUGUGAUACCUCAAGAUGUGUGGGAUCUUCAGAUUUUCAAACGUCCAAAUUCAAUAUCCAUCUUGUAUUUCUUUUCAUGCUACUUUUCACGAAAAAAUUCACAUUCUGACCCCCAAGAUAUGUUACAUCUGAGGAAAAGCCUUUUAAGAGCAACUUUGUGCCAUCUUAAUUGGAAGGGUUGUUCUAUGUUGAAUGAGCAGAUGACUUUUCUCAUUCCUAGUGCUAUAUAUGCACUUUCUAUAGGUUUUGUUCCUUUUACUCAAUGCUUUAAAGAAGUUCCUUUGACUCACAAUUAUUUUGAUGUCACUGAUGCUCAAGAUGAUUCUCAUAAGUCUGAAGACCCUAAAUACCAAUGUGUUCUUGAGUUUUUGGAUUGCUCUGUGGAAGUUCUCGCAAAAAUUGAAAAGAUGUCCAAAGUUGAGGCCACCCAAGUGAAAAUAUGUCCACAUGUUCGGGUUUCACGAGAAAUAAGUGAUAAGCUAUUGCAUGAAAUGGAGACCUCUAUUCUUGGAGCUUUGGUGGAAGAGGAGAUUAACAAGAGGCAUCUGCCGGAUACUUUAUUGAUAUGUUCUCUCUUGUCUAACCUACUUUAUGGUUGUGUUUUCACAAGGAAAAUUGAUGUUUCAUAUUCUUCUAAGUUAAGCCAACACUUGCAACUGAUGCUUGACAAUGCUGUAAGAAUUAUUCAAGAAGAUAUUGACCUCCAGGCUUUUAGUUGCUUAGGUUGUGAUCCUACUUGUGAUGAUUUAAGUCGUCUUGUUUCUUCCGUGCAUUGUUUUCUUUCAUCCCCUGUAUGUAUCAAAUUGAGGGAUCAGAAUUUGAUGGGCUGUGCCCCAUUUGAUCAGUUAAUCCAAUCUGUGGAGAGACUCUUGAAAGCUUUUGUUAAUCUAUAUGAAAGUUAUUCUCAACAUCUGAUGAACCUUCAGAGUGAUACAAUCAUACAAGAUAUGGCUUCUACUGAUAAUAUUCAAAGUUCUUUUCCAAAUGACAAAAGUAUGAGCAGGAUUAUGGACAUGGAAUUGGAUGUUAAUGAUGAUUCUAGAGAGGUUGAUGGUUUAGCUGUUGGGAAAAAAGUAGGCAGCGAUGUUUCAUCUUCUGCAGAGAAGUGGAAAAUGGGCAUGAUAUCAGUGAUUUCCAGUUUUUUUUCUGCUUCUCUUCUUACCUGGGAUAUCCUCUUUAAGUUAAUGGAGAAAGAAAAUGAUCCUAAGGUGCGUGGGAAUAUAUUGUAUCAUCUCUGUCAACAUCCUCUCUGGUCUUCUUCUGGACAAUUUAUUGAUUUGGUGAAUCUAAUGAAUGAUAUAAUUAUUGAGUUAGUUGGAUUCAAGCUUGCUUGUGAUUCUGUAUUGAUUGCUGCUCAUACUUUACUGAUUAACUUAUCAUCCCUGGAUGCUGUUGGGAAGGAAAAAUGUGGCCUGUAUUUAACAGAAGUGGAAACUAAACAGUGCUUUCUGUCACUAGGAAAUGUUGUGCAUAAACUUUUCGAGGUUGAUCUUGAUUGGUUUGGACGGGUGAAGCUUAUUGAUUCCAUUUGCAAUCUUGUUUUGCUCGAUCCUCAAAUUGGUCAGACUAUGAUAGAACGCUUACUUCUUAUGCUUAAAGAUAUGGACUAUCGAGUUCGGUUAUUCUUGGCAAGGAGGAUUGGUAUUCUUUUCCAGACAUGGGAUGGUCAUGAAGAGCUCUUUCAGGACAUUUGUUUGAAUUUCGGUGUUCAGAUGGUUGUCUACUCCAAAGGAAAAGUCAUCCAUGCAAAGGAGGUGCUAGGGGCUGGUCCUCAGCCUCAACCUAUAAUGGAAACUGUUGUGAUUACUCUCAUGCAUCUUGCUUUACACAGUGAGAAAAUUGAGUUAGAGGCUGUUUUCAUGAUAUGUGUGGUUUCGGCCAUUGAUCCUUCUCAUAGGGAAUUAGUCUAUGCAGUACUCGACAAUCUGUCUAGAGAGCUUCAGUAUUUGACUAGAAUGAAGUACUUAGAAGAGCUUUUGGGAUCAAUUCUCUUUUGUUGGGUAGCAUGUGGUGUAAGCUUAACUGCACUUAUUGAGACAAGACAGCUUUUCUUACCUGAUGUAGAUCCUGGUCAUUUCCUCCAAUAUUGCUGCCCAUGGCUACUUCCUGUUCUUCUUAUCAAUGAAAACACUUCUGAUCUCAAUUGGGUUGCCAAGGUCGCUUGUCAACCUUUGACAGUCCUUAUAAAAAAUCACUUCACUUCAAUAUUUUCAAUUUCAAUGGCUUUGCAUUGCAGUAAGAAACCGGGAUCAGAGAAGGGAACACUGGUACUUCAGAGUUCCAUUUUGCAUUUUGGUCAGCUAUCCGAGAAAGAACGAGACAAGCUCAUAAAGAGACAUUUGGUCUCUAUUGUCAGCUGUAUCUUAUCUUUGUGCUCCUGUUCAUUGAAUGCCAUAGUCCCAUAUUUUUCAAAGGAUAUAGUGUCCCUUGAAAUUCGAACAAUUGUUGAUGGAUUUUUGGACUUAGAUGAUAAUCAUGCAAGUGCUUCUGUUGUGGACAAGAUCAACAUUUUUCGCCCAGAUAGGGUUUUCAUGUUUUUGGUAGAAGUUCAUUAUAAAAUUGUAGCAGCAGCUCAUUACAGGCAUAAGUGCCACCGGUUGGCAGGAAUUGAGGUGCUUGUGACUAUUCUUGGUCAGAGAGCUGCUGUUUUAAGCACUUCCAAUUACCUUCUCAACUUGACUGGGUCAUUAAUUGAAUGUCUCCCUUUACAAGACCAAUGUUGUCAAAUACUCAAUGCAUUGUUGGUACAGCUCAAAAGGAAUAUUUCUACAGAUGUGACCAGUAUGCUUGGAGAACAGCUCCAGUUUCUUGUUUCGAAGUUGGUGGCAUGUUGCACUCCUAAAACCCAGGAAUUGUGUGAUAGCUCUGCAUCACAAGCUUUAUCUCUGCUCCAUAUGUUAACCGUGGACUCUGAUUCAUCUAUGUAUGAUUAUGUUAAAGAAUUAGAGCCAUUCCCUGAACUAAAAAUAUUUGAUGAGAUAAGAAAGUUCCACAAGGAAUUAUGCCACACUUAUUCUAUACGUGACCACUUAGCAAAGUUUGUGAAGAAGUCUUCCUACCUUCCACCACGAUUGCUUUUAUCAAGUCUCCAGGCAUUCCACAAGAAGUUACUGAAUGAAGAAACCCUUCAAAGAAGAGGGAAAGCAGGAGGCUUUUCUGGAGAUGGAUGUUGGCAGGGUGAUGAAGAAAUUGUGCAUGCAGUUUGGAAACUUGUUCACAUGUGUCGUUCUAAUGAUGCAAGUGAAGUUCGAGAAUUAGUUUCAGAUUUCAUUUCUAGGGUUGGCACUGGAGACCCAUACUCUGUUGUAUUCCAUCUUCAUGACACGACUAGUCAAUUUAGUCUUGGUAAAUCUAUUGAUACCAACAGUGCAAUAGAAAUCAGUUCUGACAUGGAUGCAUGCUUAUCUGAAGAACAUUUGGUGGUCCUUAUGAAAAUUCUAAUGAAAUAUGUGAUGGAUGACUCUGUGAAAAUUGUUGAUAUGGCAUCACAAACCCUUCGUGGCAUACUUUCAACUAAAAGAGGUCAACAUGCUUUACAGUCAUUCAAUUCGUACCAGAAGUCUCUGAUUGAGGUGCAUUCCAAAGGUGUCAAUGCUGAACUUGUGGAAAAUCUUCUUUUGGACCUAGAUAAGAAGUCAAAAGGUGAAGCAAUGUCAUUGGAGAAGUCAACUGUGUGGGUGACAGAUGGUAAAACUUUUGAAAUGUGGAUUUGCCCAUUGGUGUAUUCACUUAUUGCUUACUGCAGUGAUGCGAUACUAAGACUUUGUCAAGAUAUUAUAAUGUUUAAAGGGGAAGUUGCUGAGUUUCUUUUGCCAAGCAUUUUUGUCAAUAUCACUGCAAGAAAGGAUCUGGAGAUAGAUCUUCACAAAUUGAUCAGUUUGCAGUUGACAGAGCAUGUAUUUACAGAGUCAAAUAAGUUGAUGAAAUCGAUUCAAGUGGUUUUGAGUAGUCUUAAUGAACUUCGUAUUCGUUAUGUCAUGGAAAGAUCUUCAUUUGUGCCGUCGAAGCGAGAAGUUUCUAAGAAUUCAAGGCCUUCAAGUUAUAGUUCUAAAACUCGGUCCACUUCUGCAAAGGCAAGAGAAUCAGCAGUUAUUUCAAAUUCCUUGGCAAAGUCACCAUCCUCAUGGGAGAAAGUUUAUUGGCUCUCCAUUGACUAUCUUCUUGUUGCCAAGGUGGCAGCUAGUUGUGGGUCAUAUUUUACUUCAGUUAUGUAUGUGGAACAUUGGUGUGAAGAGCAAUUUAAAACGUUAACAAUUGGAGGUCCAGAUUUCUCUCAUAAUGAAAUGUUGCCAGAUCAUAUUGAAAUUCUUGUUUCGGCAGUCACUAGAAUCAAUGAACCAGAUAGUUUAUAUGGAAUUCUACAGUCUCACAAGUUGGCUUCUCAAAUAAUCACAUUUGAGCAUGAGGGAAACUGGGGAAAGGCCCUAGAGUAUUAUGACUUGCAAGUGCAGUCACAUACCUCAGUACAGAACGAUGGCAGUUCAAGAGGUCUGGCAUUGAAACAAACAGGAUCAGAACAUCCUUCAUCCUUUGCAUCCAAGACAGGUGAGAUGAGGCAGAGUAGACCUUACAAGGGGUUGAUUAGAUCCUUGCAACAGAUUGCCUGUGCACACGUGCUUGAGAUGUAUUGCCGGGGCUUGACUUCAACCAAGGAUCUGCAUCAUCAUGAUUUGGAGUUUACUGAAUUGCAAUAUGAAUCUGCCUGGCGUGCUGGGAAGUGGGAUUUCUCUUUACCAUAUGUUGGAACUAAUUUUCCUUUAACCCCAAAUAUCAAAUGUGAUCAUUUCAAUGGAAAUUUGCACAGUUGUUUAAGGGCACUUGAGGAGGGUGAUCUAACUGAUUUCCAGAGAAAACUAAGAGAUUCAAAGCAGGAGCUUGUGUUAUCUGUUUCUCAUGCAAGUGAAGAGAGCACUGAGUACAUUUACAUGACUAUCAUCAAGCUACAGAUGCUUUAUCAUCUUGACAUGGCUUGGGAUUUACGCUGGAGAAGUUGUGAAGAUAAUACCACAAAGUUUUUCCUGCCGAAGCCAAACAAUUCUUCUGGGCCUGUGAUUCCUUCCAUUGAGCAGUUGUCAUGGCUGGAUAUGGAGUGGUGCUCAAUUUUGCAGAGGACACAAUUGCAUAUGAAUUUGCUAGAACCAUUUAUAGCAUUUCGUCGAGUUCUACUUCAAAUUUUAAGCUCUAGAGACUGUGUGCUGCAACAUCUUCUGCAGUCUGCCACCACACUUCGCAAGGGAUGUAGGUUCUCUCAAGCAGCUUCUGCUCUGCAUGAGUUUAAACUCCUUUCUGUUGAAGCCAAAGGGAAAAGCUCAUCUUUAUAUUGGCUUGGACGGGACCAGCAAGUAAACCACAUGAUAAUACGAAGUUUGGGAAAAAUUUUGGUGUACACACAAAGAGGAAAGGCCAUUCCAAGAUCUACUCAUGUUCAAGAAUCCAAUCCUACAACAUUACCUGAGCUUGAAGAAGCAAAGCUUUUCCGUGCUCAAGGUCAAAAUUUGAUUGCUAUCAACCUUGCAAUGUAUAUAUCACAGAAUUAUCGCUCUAAUGAGGAGGCUUCUGAUGCAUUUCGGUUGGUUGGGAAGUGGCUGGCAGAAACUAGAUCUAGCAACUCAAGAACAAUUUUGGAGAAGUAUUUGAAACCUGCAGUCUCUAUUGCUGAGAAUGCGAAAGCUACAGCUAAGAAUGCCAUGAAAAGGAAAUGUCAGACCCAUUUUCAUCUUGCACACUAUGCUGAUGCUCUAUUUAGAAGCCAUGAAGAAAGACUUAACUCGAAUGAAUGGCAAGCAGCAAUGCGUUUAAGAAAGCAUAAGACAAUAGAGUUGGAAGCACUCAUAAAAAGGUUAAGGAGUUCAACAAAGGGGGAGAAAAUUGACUACUCAAUUAAAAUCCAAGAAUUGCAAAAGCAAGUAGCAAUGGACAAGGAAGAAGCCCAGAAAUUGCUGGAUGACCGGGACAAUUUUCUUAGCCUAGCAUUGGAGGGAUACAAACAGUGUUUAGUCAUUGGUGACAAGUAUGAUGUGAGAGUGGUGUUUCGCAUUGUUUCCUUGUGGUUCAGUCUCUCCUCACAAAAAGAAGUUGUAAAUAGCAUGCUUAGCACAAUUGAUGAGGUUCAAUCUUUCAAAUUUAUACCUUUAGUAUAUCAAAUUGCCUCUAGAAUGGGUAAUACAAAGGAUGGUCAUGCACAUCUCAAUUUCCAGUUUGCAUUGGUUUCUCUUGUGAAGAAAAUGGCCAUCGAUCAUCCAUAUCAUACGAUACUUCAACUUUUGGCUCUGGCUAACGGUGACCGUAUCAAGGACAAACAGCGUAGUAAAAGUUCUUUCGUGGUUGAUAUUGACAAAAAGCUUGCAGCAGAAAAUCUUCUAAAUGAGCUGUCAUCUUAUCAUGGAGCCAUCAUUCUACAAACGAAACAAAUGGUGGAGAUUUAUAUCAGACUUGCUGAGAUGGAAACAAAGAGAGAGGAUACCAAUAAAAAGGUGACACUACCUAGGGACUUGCGUAGUCUCCCGAUGCUAGAACUUGUACCUGUAGUGACAGCUACAAUAUCAAUUGAUCAUAGUUGUCAGUACCAUGAAGGCACUUUUCCUUACUUCAAAGGACUAGCAGAUUCAGUUAUGAUAAUGAAUGGUAUAAAUGCUCCAAAAGUGGUUGAAUGCUUUGGUUCUGAUGGCUGCAAAUAUCGACAACUAGCAAAAUCUGGAAAUGAUGACCUAAGACAGGAUGCUGUAAUGGAGCAAUUCUUUGGUUUAGUCAACACAUUCCUCAGGAACCAUCAAGAUACACGGAAAAGAAGGCUAGGAGUACGGACCUACAAGGUUGUUCCUUUUACUCCAAGCGCUGGUGUUCUUGAGUGGGUUAAUGGAACUCUUCCUCUCGGUGAAUACCUUAUAGGGAGCAUGAGAAAUGGAGGUGCUCAUGGUCGCUAUGGAAUGGGAGAUUGGUCAUUCCUUAAAUGCCGAGAGCACAUGGCAAAUGAGAGGGACAAGCGCAAAGCAUUCCAGGAAGUUUGCAAUAAUUUCAGGCCUGUUAUGCAUUACUUUUUCUUGGAGAGAUUUUUACAGCCAGCUGAGUGGUUUGAAAAGAGACUUGCGUAUUCUCGAAGUGUUGCUGCUAGUUCUAUGGUUGGCUAUAUCGUGGGCCUUGGAGAUCGACACUCGAUGAAUAUUUUGAUUGAUCAGGCGACUGCAGAGGUUGUUCACAUAGAUCUUGGUGUUGCUUUUGAACAAGGCUUGAUGCUUAAAACCCCAGAACGGGUUCCCUUUAGGCUUACAAGAGACAUAAUUGAUGGAAUGGGUGUAACUGGAGUAGAGGGGGUUUUCCGAAGAUGUUGUGAGGAAACUCUGUCUGUCAUGCGGACAAACAAAGAAGCGCUGCUGACGAUUGUGGAAGUUUUUAUACACGAUCCUCUUUAUAAGUGGGCUUUAUCUCCUCUAAAAGCUUUGCAGCGUCAAAAGGAUUUGGAUGAUGAUUUUGAUACAAGUUUGGAGGAACCACAAAAUGAUUACCAAGGAAAUAAGGAUGCUACACGUGCCCUUCUACGUGUCAAGCAAAAGCUAGAUGGGUAUGAAGAUGGUGAAAUGCGUAGCAUUCAUGGGCAGGUGCAACAACUCAUUCAAGAUGCCAUUGACUCCGAGCGAUUAUGUCAAAUGUUUCCUGGUUGGGGAGCUUGGUUGUAAUUGGGAAUUCCAUUGACUCAUUCAAGCUUGACACUAAAUGAUCUUUAGAAGCCGUUUAUCUAAUUCGUUGGAUUUCUCCUCGAUUUGUAUAGUGGGAACAGUUUCUGUCCCUAUUUGUUUGUUGUAUUAUUAUUUUUUAAAUUUUGAUGGUGAGUUGUAAAUGGUUGUAUGUUAAAAACAACACUGUCAGAGAUUCGUUGGUCAAAGGAUAAGAAACACUAAAAGAUCUCUCGAACAAAGAGCUAAAUUUGCUUUUCUUCACUAAA